UACCUCCAGAUUCAACGACUUAGAAUUAGAACUCCAAGGCUGGUUGAUGCAAAAGUCCGCGGGAGAUGUCAAAGUCACCGACAAGAUGAUCAAAGAACAGGCCAUACUCGAGGCGACGCGACUUGGUUAUCGCGGACGAUCGAUACCGUACUUCCAUUGCGGUCGUACGUGGGUACGGAACUUCAAGGCCCGUUUUGGGAUCGUGGAUGGAAUCGUGACCGGCAGUGGUUAUACUGAAAGAGACGAGUUGCGCGCGAAAGCUCUAGGAAACACCGAUAUCUACUUUGGUGCCCUGCCAAAUGACGGAUAUAUGGGCGACAUACAGGAGGAUGAGGUCCGCAUCUUUUUCGAUUCUGCCGGUCCUUCGAACGACCAGUUCGCCCGCUGGGAACGCGAAUUUCCCAUUUUCCGCGAUGCUCUUGCAGCCGGCAACACUCGAGUCACAUUCGCCACGUCCAGUUCUCGAGACGACACCCAGACGGGGCCUCAAUCAAUGAUCCUCGCUCAUGCCGAUCCUGAAGUCGACUCGAACCCCCCUCCACUUGAAUAUGCCGGAGCCAAGCCAAGCAUUCAGCGGUCGGAUGAUGUGUACAUGGGCGAAUACCGGUCGAGCUGAGGAUCGCCCACUGCGCGAGUGCAGUUGUUGCGUCACGGUGUAGCUCCUGGUUGACACCUUCGAACGUCAUACGGUUCUCAUUGUGCCUAUUACCCAGAACUCUUCGCGUAUAUAUGUAUACAUCAUCCUCACUGCAUUCCGUUGUGCGCAAUUACAUUUGUUAUGAUACCUUUUCACCUUGUCACUUUUACUGAGUUUUAUCCUUGAUGCGCACUCGCUGUUGAUAUUGUUCUUCUGCUUCGCCUACGCACAUGCUUUAAUGACUCCCUUUCUGUGUCAGACCUCUGCACGCGUGCCACCACUGUUGUUGUACCAUACCAAAACCGUUUAGAAUUCGCAUCAUCCUGCGCCGCGCCCAGCAUUGAUCUGGGCGUACUGUGCUACGAC